AUGCUACAGCAUCAGACAACAAUUCACGAGCAGUCAACAAAGAGGGAAAUGUGGGCUGAGCGUAGGCUGGAGAAUGCAGUCACGCACAACGACUUAAGAGACUUUUUCUCGGGACUUCUGAAGGCCAGCACAAAGUCGAACAAUAUUGCAGGUCAAUUCAUGUCGAAAAUCACCAAGCAGGUUGACGGACUUUCAGAUGCCAGUCUCCAGUUAACAUGGCUUCCCUUUCUACGUUCCAUCAUUCCACUUCUCGAGAAGGAGAACAUUUCCUUGAGCACUCCAACCUACAAGAAGUUUUUCUCGGCCAUCAUUCAUGCUAUUAUUGACAACUAUCUUGGUCCGGAGCCUCGUAAGCCUUGGACAUGGGCCCUCGCCGGUGUUCCCUGCAACUGUAGCGACUGCGAGCGUGUAAGCGCCUUUCUUCGUCACCAUACAAAGAUGUCUGAAGAGUACCCGAUGAACAAGCCUCGACGCAACCAUGCUCAUCAGGUACCCGAGGAAGCAGGUGUUGGGUGCAGCAUUCGAACCCGCCGAGAUACGAACCCCUAUCCGUUGGUGGUCACCAAGACUUCUCGACCUCAGGGGGUGAAGUUGGAAGAGUGGCAGAAAUGA